UGCUCCGCACGUACCUGACCAUCUAGCUGACUGACAGCAAAUAAGCCGACAAUCAAGCAUACCUGCAGAAAACCCCCUUAUCCCGACGCCGCAUCUCACUCAAGCCACGGCAUUCACACAAACCUUCGUCUUAUUACCCCUCGUUCCACACGCUUCUUCGCUGGCCUUGGAAGAAAAGCGGCAAUUUGGGGAACAAAGAAUUCCGUUCCUCCAUAUGGAAACAAAGGUGUGGCUUUCCUGAACCAACACAAUGAUGACCACCCCACCGGAUUCAAGUUCGACGCAGAUUUUGUGUCGCAACCGCAACAAGGACAAAGGAACUGGCACAGUCAACAUGGUAUUUAUAGGAAUUGCCAAAAUGGAGUUUCUCAACCAAAAACUACCACCAAGCCUACCGCUCGCUCGCAUCAGGGGCGGCCUUUCCAACGACCUUCGACCAGAAACUUGCUACUGAUACACAUGCAUGCAAGCCGACCAAUCAUACGGUAAAAUGCAACGAAGACCCAUACUACUGCCGCCAAUAUCGCGACCAUCUCAGCAGCCGUGCCGGCUUCGGAAAGUCAUCGACGUCCUCCGGCAGUCAGUUCCAAAAAGCAGCAGAUACAGAAUUCAGAAGGCCCAGGUCCAGUCUGGGAAACAGGGGAAGGCUUCGAGGACAAGGGCAAAACGACGGGCCACAUCGGUGCCCAAGAACGAAGGGUGGCUCAAGUUGGCCCCGGACCGCCUUCGGCAUGUUAGGAGAUGGAAGGACUUUAACUACCCUGUGCUAAGAGUGGCACUCAAGAAUAUUCUGAAUCAGAUCGCCAUGCCGUGGAGUCAGCAGUCGCGGGAUGAGAUAACCUCGUGGCCGCGGACGGGGGUAUCAUUCUCGAAAGAGCAUAAAGUGCAAAAAGAGGAUGAGAAAGUAGAAGACGGAAAAGAAAGCAAACAGGGAAAGAAAGAGGAAGAAGACGACAGGGGAGGACUAGACCACCGCACGCUCACUGAGCUCGGCACGCGGCUAAACGAAUGCCUCGUAUACGCCACCAUACACCGCAGCAUGCGAGGCAAACCGAAACCAACCCUACGUCUAGAGCCAGGCCAUACGGAGCAAACAGAGCCGUUCGGGGGAGAUCCCGAAAAUGACGGCAACGAAGGAACCGGCAACCGGUGCACGCUGAGAAUGGACUGGAGCCUGCGGACAGACGAGAUUGACCCGGACACGGGAGAAAAUACAUGGGCCGUGGUGGGCGUCAACCGGACCGAGGAAGAGUUCUCCCUAUCUGCUCUGGAAAAUUCAGCGAGGACAGGGGCGCCGCUGGAUGCCGAUGUCGAUUGGACGAUCCGGCAGGUCGGGACAGUGUGUUUCUACAAGGGGGCGGCGCACGGGUUUGUACUCACACCCGCAGGUGCCGCUCUGCUGCUCUUCUCGCAGACUCUGUCUAGCGGCAACCCGAUUGAUGAUCCCGCUUCUGUUGAUGAGCGCGGGCAUCUGUGCGUGCGGUGGGUGACGGUGCCCUGGACGCUGGACCCGGGAGAUAGGUUGGGUCUACCGCUGCUGAUGGGACUGUGGUCGUUGUGCAUGGUAGCCUUGAGUGAUGACGAUGAAGCGCAGGCAGAAGGGGUUAACACCCUUGCACGGCUGAACAGCUGGCAUUGGCAAAAGAAGUACGGGAGCACGCUCUACACACAUUGCCUGUUUCGGCAGGGGAAUAGAGGACAUCCACCCGGCGCCCUGAUUUGGGGAAAGCUUGGGGACGGCGAUAGGGAGGACUUUGAGGAGGAGAAGAGGAAUGGCCGGGUUAAUGGUGUUGAGGAGCCGCUGCCCUUAGUUCAUUUGUCUCAUCGUGGACGCAAGAUUGUGAGGUGGGACUCAAACGGCAUUCUGGAGUGUGAGCUGGAUAGUCCGCCUCUGUGUUCGUGGUCGGAUAUGACGCCAGCCUCCACCACGUCGUAUUCGUCGGCGAGUCUUCCGGAUACGGCAUCAUUGCCCUCGAGAGAGGGAUCCCCGUCAGGGUCGAUGCAUACUUUGGCGCUGUCUCCCAUACAGGCUAUGCCGGGAAUCGAGGACAAUCUGUCACCAGCAUCACUCCAGCUCCUGCCUCAUACACCACCAAGCAAUGACGAAGCUAAACUACCAAUGUUUGAACAUAAAACAUACAUAUCUCCUCCAACACCGAGUACUUUGCCCUCUUCGCAACCUGCAUCGGAAAACGAGGAAACAACAUCACCGGAUCCAGUCUCGCCUACGUCUUCUCCACCAACAAACAACACCGAGAGUGAAUUUCCGUCAAUGAAGAACGAUGAGUGCAGCACUGUGAUAACUCAGACCCCGGUGGAAAAACCCAAUGCUAUGACUCCAAUACCACCAGAUGGACCUGAUAAGCAAUGGAAACGGAAAAGAGAUCCUACUGAUAUCGAGGGCACUGGAACUCUAGAAGGAAACCCGGAACCGUGGUCGAGGAGGUUGCGCCCAAGGACCAGAAGGCCGGACUAUCGUGACGGGUGGUGAGAGCACGAAACACGGCUUGGGCAAACACAAGCAUGGAAAGACUGAAGUGUACAAAAAUACUCCUGGGUAUUGUCGAAUAGAGC